GAGUCCUCAAGAUGAAAUCCCUGUUCGUGUUCGCCCUGCUGCUGGUCGCUGUGGCGGCUUAUGCGCCCCGUGACAAGCGAGUUGUGGGUGGUGAUAUUGCCACGCUCGGUCAGUUCCCGUACACGGUCGGUUUGAUUACCCGUAUUAACAUUCUGCUGACGGGACAGUGUGCUGGUUCGUUGGUGUCGGCUAACUUCAUCCUUACUGCCGCUCGUUGUGUGUCCGGAAUUCAAAGUGCCGUUGCCGUGCUUGGUGGUCUGCGCAUCAACGAUGCUAACGAAGCUGGCGCAGUGCGCAUCACCGUGACGGACUUCACCAUCCACCCGCAGUACGACGAACAGCCUGAUGUGUUCGACGUUGCUCUGGUGCGUCUGCCACUUCCGGUACCGUUCAGUGACCGUGUCCGCCCAGUUCGUCUGCCAAAUCUGCGCCAGGUUGCGGCGACCUUUGUCGGACAGCAGGCCACCGUUACUGGCUGGGGCCGUUUCGGUGAGGGUACUGCCAACUCGGAAGUUCUUCGCUUCGGACGCUCGCAGGUCAUUUCGACCCUUGCCUGCCGUAUCAGCCUGCCAACCAACACGAUCCUCGAUGAGCACGUGUGUACCGAAGGUGCAAACACUUCGCCGUGCCAGGGUGAUGUCGGUGCCCCGCUGACCAUCGUCGAUGCCGACGGUAUCACCACGCAGAUCGGUGUGUUCUCGUUCAUCUCGAUUCUGGGCUGCGAGUCGGGUCGUGCUGCCGUCCACACGCGCAUGUCCUCCUAUCUGACCUGGAUUGGUGCCAACUCGGAUGUGGAGAUCCGCGAAGACUUCUAA